GAGAUGCAAAACAUUGGUAAAUGAGUCACUUUACGUUCAAGAGACAAUGAUGUCACCGAUCCACCCCAUAUAUAUGAUUGAUUUCUUAUUAUCAGGGAUCUUUGGAUAUUCGAUUUGGAAUACCAUCCAGAUGAAGGUUCAGAUGAGGAUUCAAACAGUGAAAAGAGGAAAGAAGAGGGACCUAUUAGGCGCAUUUUCUUCCCUCCAUUAACAGGGAAAAGGAUAUUAAUGUUAUUAUGUGUUGCAGUGUCAAUAGAUCCGCUCUUCUUUUACAUUCCAGUCAUCAAUAACGAGAAAAAGUGCCUUGCAAUAGACAAAAACUUGAGGGCUGCAGCUCUUAGUUUGCGAGCACUCCCUGAUGCCGCUUUCGCACUGCAUUCUAUAAGUUCCGGGUUUAGGUUGUAUCCGUUUGUGGAACUCCACUUUGUACUAGUAUUUGUCUACAGCGUUGCGAUUAUACUAUUUGCCGUUUUCCUUAUGCUGCCCAUCCCACAGUUGGCAAUAGCAGUUUCCUUUUUCAAGCCAGGAGGCUCUGGACAUCUCGGCCAAAUAGUAACCGUGAACAUCUUCCUUUUUCUCUAUUAUGUGGCAAGGAUUGUACUAAUUCGCAUAUACAGUCAGAAAGUCAAGUACCAAUACAAUAUCGGAAUAUGGUUUCGAGCUUCAUUCAAUUUCUUUUUCUACAUGGUUGCUAGUAAUAUACUUGGAGGCUUUUGGUACUUUUUUUUCUAUUCAACGUGAGAUAUCAUGCUGGCAAUCCUGUAGAAAUGGUGCAGGAUGUCGAGCUACUUAUUAUUGUAGUGAC